UAUAUCUUGGCAGGUAGAUGAUGGUUAUAAUAAGGGUUUGGGGGUGGAAGCAGACAUGAGCAGCUCAAUUACGCAGAUAGGGCAAUGCAAAGCAGUAUCACAGCAACAUAUUCCGCGUAUAGACCAUGAACCCGCCGCAAGCGCCGUGCGUCCCUCAGGGGCUCGCCCCGUCACCGAUGCUCCUACAUCCCUCAGCCGCCGCCGCCACGACGGCAACAAGGCCAACGACAACAGCGGCCGCCGAACUACCCAAGCGGAGACGCAUCAGCCGGCCCAAGGUAAAGAGUGGCUGCAUAACCUGCAAGAGGCGGCACGUCAAGUGCGACGAGAUGAAGCCCACCUGCGGCCGCUGCGCCAAGGCCUACGUCGAGUGUCUCGGCUACCACCAGCCGACCGCCGCGGGCGAGGACGGCAGGAAGAAGCGGCAAAGACGCCCAGACGCCCCCGUCCGCGCCCUCCUGCCCCGGCCGCCGCCACUGCAGCCGUCGGCAACCUCGUCGCCGUUGCCGUCACCUUCGCUUUACGACGACAGGAGGACGAGCGUCGGCAGCAACGGCAGCACCGUGUAUGCGCUCUCGCCAGGCCCGUCUCCCUCUCCGUCCCCAUCCCCAUCGCCGCUCCCGGCGCCGCCGCGACUGCCGUCGGGCCCCUGGCCCUCCUCGUCGCCAUCAUCGCCAUCGCCAUCCUCCUCCUCCUCCUCCUCCUCCUCCUCCUCCUCCUCCUCUCUGUCCUCCUGCGCCGACGCCGACGACGAAGCCGACGCCGUGUACCUCGACCUCUUCCACAGCCACCUGGCCCGCGCCCUGGCCGGCCCCGUGCCCUCGCGCUUCUGGUCGCGCACCGUGCCGCGCGAGGCCGGCCGCGACGGCUGCGUGCGGUCGGCCGUGCUGGCCAUUGCGGCCCUGGCAGCCAGCAUGAUGUUGCGCGAAGACGACAACGACGACGACAAUGACGACGGCAACGACGGCAACAACGGCGGCCGGCACCACUACCACCAUCGCCGCCUCGGCAUGACGCACGGGGCGGCGGUGCGGGACCGCCACCACCGGGCCGCGAUCGCGCACUACACCGAAGCGGUGUCGGCCUUUCGCGGGCGCGUGGGCGGCGGCGGCGGCGGCGGAGCGGUUGCGUGCUGCCCGCCGCGGAGCGUGCUGAUCGCCACCGUGCUGUUCGUCACGUACGAGCUGCUGCAGGGCAACGACGAGGCGGCCGACGGUUUGGUCACGAGCGGCAUAAACCUGCUCGGGGGCUCGCUGGGGAUACUGGACGCAGGCGGCGGCGGCGAUAAGCGAAGAAGCACUGGGGGCAUCGGCAGCGCAGCAAGAGCGGGCGGCACGCCACCCGUGCUAUUACUGCCGGGGGCGGGCGCCGGACCGGGUAGCCAGCUGUUUAACGAAAUCUACGACGAGAACUAUGGGAUUGGCAGCAGAAGCGGCGACGGCGGUUUAGGCUACUGCGACUACUUUUUCAGCCAAGGGAGCAAACACGACGACAGCUACGACGACAACGGCGACCUUGACGGCAUGCACGAGAUCCAGCACAUACUCCCGCGCCUCUCCGUCCUCGGCGGCAUGUCGGCCUUCUUUCCGCGCCAGCAGGACGAGAGGGCGGUGGCGCUGCUGAGGACGACGCCCAGGAGCGAGUUCCCACCGCCCCAAGGGCGCGUCGACAUGGAGCAGCUGGCCUCCAUGUGGAGCGACUUCAGCACGCGGUGUCUGAUCUGGGCGAGGCGGCAGGCCUGGCUCGGCCACGACUACGUCCGAGGCGGUGCGAGCAGCAGCACCCUGGCGGCCGAGGAGGACCCAGCCUCGCUGCUGGCGGUGCAGGGCGAGUUCAAGGCGCUCCUGAGCCGGUGGCGCGCCGUCUUGGCAGAGUACCAGGCGAUAGUAGCGGCGACGAGCGCCGAGGACAUGUUCUGCUCUUACACAUCCUCACGCAGCAGCGAGUACCCCCUCCUAGGGCUACAGUCACCGUGGAACAGCGAUAGCCUCUCGGGCUCGGCGCCCGAGCAGCAAUCAGAAGCGAUGCACGCCCUCGCGGUAAUGGAACUCCAGGUGGUCUUCUGCGACACCUUUAUCACGGGGUGCCUGGACCCGACGACGCUUACGUACGACGCGCUGGCCGGCAACUUUGCCGAGAUGGUGUCCCUCGCAAGGGGCGUGCUGUGCUUCCGACAGCAACAGCAACAGCAGCAACAGCAGGAGCCAGAAGACCAGCAGCAAGACCUGGCGAGUCUCGGGUUCACGCUGGACGCGGGGCUGGUGGCGCCCAUGGCCUUCGCGGCUGCGCAGUGCCGCGACCGCGCGCUGCGCAUGGAGGCCGUCGAGCUGCUGUGCCUCGGCGAGCGCCGGGAGGGCGCCCACGACGCGCGCGCCCAGGCGGCGGGGCUGCUGGCACUGGUCGGGCUCGAGGAGGUGGAUGGCGGUCGUGGCGCGGCGCCACCUCCGCUCGAGAGCCGGUACGUCUGGUCCGGCGCCAGGUGGGACGCGGAGGGGGCUAGGCUCGUCGCGCAGUUCACGCGCGUCGUGCCCGACGGCCUGGGGGAUGCCGUCCUGCGAGAGAUGGCUUUGGAGUUAUAGCGAGUGCAUUCCAGAUAGCAUCUUAUUGCCCCAUUUGCGGCACAUGUCGAAAUCAUACUCAACUCCCUAUUCAGGACUCAAAGGUCAGCUAGUGGCGCCAUCUCGAAAUGACGACGUGGAGUUGCUGUACAAGUGAAGCUUGUGCAUAUCCGAG